AUGUUUACCGAACCGAGAGAACCAUACUACAAGCUAUCAAGCAUACCGCGAAUGGCCUAUGUCGGUGCGCAGAAAAUUUUUCACAAUAGAAUUUCCCUUCGGGAGUGGAACUACACCUUCAUCCCCGGCUCCAACGAAUCUAUCCGAGUUACCCCCACAUAUUGGAAUAGCUUUGAGUAUCUGGCAUUACAUUUUUCUGAAACGGACGGUCAGUUUCAAGACCUCAUCAUGUGGGAACAACUUACGGACGAAGCACGCUUGGCGCUCAAUUCUGCAGAUUUCGGCGAGUCGAAGGUCCCCUUUAACGAUGAGAACAUUGAGGAGACACUUGAACUUGCAUGGGCGUUUCCAUAA